AUGUCGGAAUCGCCACCUUUGCUGCGGAUUUUGUGCCUGGCCGGCUUUAGACAGAGCGAGCGCGGCUUCCGAGAGAAGACCGGGUCUCUGAGGAAGGCGCUGCGGGGCCGCGCCGAACUCCUGUACCUCAGCGGCCCCCACCCUAUCCCAGAGACCGACCCCGCAGCCGAGGAAGAACCUCGCGGUUGGUGGUUUUCAGAGCCAGAAGGAGCAGGAUUCUCUGCCCUAGAAGAGCCGUUGGAAUGCCGGGGUCUGGAGGAAGCCUUGGCUGUGGUUGGACAAGCAAUGGCCAAAUAUGGCCCCCUGGAUGGACUCCUUGGUUUUAGUCAAGGGGCUGCAUUAGCAGCCUUAGUGUGUGCACUGGGCCAGGCUGGUGACCCCCGAUUCCCUCUCCCUCGAUUUGUCAUCUUGGUUUCUGGUUUUCAGCCCCGAAGCCCCAAGCUCACCGCACCCUUCCUGCAGGCACCCUUAUUGCUCCCUUCAUUGCAUGUGCUGGGGGAAACAGAUAAAGUCAUUCCUACACAGGAGAGCCUUGACCUAGCUGGCUGCUUCCCUGGGGCAGUCACUCUCCGCCACCCUGGCGGCCACUUCAUUCCGGCUGCUUCUCCCCAGCGCCAAGUCUACCUUAAGUUCCUGGACCAGUUUACAAAGUGA